ACCUGACCUACCUCAACCUACCUAUAUAAAUGCUUAUCCAUAAAACUCAUAGCAACAUCUGAGCAACUCAGACUAGUGCUACAAGGCUAUUAUGCUCAGCUAGCGGUCAAAUGCCAUCUAAAUAUACACAUACUGAUGCACACACCCGCACGCACUCACUCACUCACAAAAAUCUAUUACCCGUCAGAUCGAGGACUUAUUCUUCUGUCGUCGCUUUGAGUCACAAUGAGAAUCCGCAUACGCGGUCCGACGGGACAGUCGACCGUCUCUCUAGAUGACGAUGCAACUGUCGAUGUACUUCGCAGACAAAUCACAGAGUCAACCGGACUAUCAGAUUACGACGUGAAGUAUGGGUAUCCACAAAUCAAGCCUCUCUCAUUAGAGGGCUUCCCCCCUAACCAGAAACUAUCCGACUUGGGGAUGACUCUGAAUGGGGAACAAUUAAUUGUCACGAGGAAAGAAGGCAGCUUCCCCUCUGACACGAGCCGCGACCAACACAAGACUGCUACUGAUCGGCAACAGCCGUUCAACGGGCUGCUCAGUGAGAAGGCUUUGAAUGAGGGCUCCGAUGACCCGCCGGAGAUUCCAUCACCAGAACAUCAUGGUACCUUCGUCCUCCGGAUCAUGCCUGACGAUAACUCAUGCCUAUUCCGCGCCAUCAGUAGCGCGACCAUGGGUGGGGUGGAUGUGAUGACUGAGCUACGAUCUGUUGUUGCCCAGACUAUACAGGCAAACCCGGACCUAUAUACCGAGGCGGUGUUGGAAAAAAAGCCGGAUGACUACUGUCAAUGGAUCCAGAAUGAGGGCUCCUGGGGCGGGGGAAUCGAGCUCAGCAUAUUGAGUAAACAUUUUGACAUCGAGAUCUGCUCGAUUGAUGUGCAAACCCUGCGGGUCGAUUCAUUCAAUGAGGGUCCCUCAAUGCGGUGCAUCGUGGUCUAUUCGGGGAUUCACUACGAUACUAUUGCCCUGUCGCCUUCAAGUCCGCCGUAUACCCAUGCAGAUGUCCCCGCAGAAUUUGAUACCAAAGUUUUUGACGCCAACGACCCUCUGGUCUUGGAAAAAUCCCUGGCGUUGUGUAAGGUUCUGCAAGAGCGGCAUUAUUACACAAAUACUGCCGGAUUUCGUCUGCGCUGCAAUACGUGUGGUAGGACUUUCGUGGGCGAAAGAGGCGCUACACAGCAUGCAGAACAGACUGGGCAUGUCGAUUUCGGAGAGGCUAAUUGAAAGCGACGAGAAUCCUCGCCGAGUAUCGACUUACGUAUGCUUCGCAGAAACUUAAGACUUGAAGCAGCUUAGCACCUAUUGCCACGAUCAACCAUUACUCGUCACUUAUGGCCAAGUAGACACCCUGCCACCCUGAAUGUCGUUUGCUUCAGACCUCGAACUCUCGUAAGCGUUAGCUGGAGUUAGUGGUCACGAGUCUUGGGGUUGUUUGCGGCUUUAUUAUACGUUAUACCCUCGAGUUGCUCAUUCUGAU